AUAUAAAUAUAAUACUAGGAAGAAGUCGUGGUCCGAUUGAACGUAAUAGAAGCGCCGAGUCUUUUCUCUACAUUUCUCUCAUCCCAAACCUUCCUUCGUCGGCGUCAAUGGCUUCUUCUUCCUCGUACAAGAAGUACGAGAUUCGCAAGCGGAACCCUAACCCUAAAUCCGCCGCCCUCCUCGUCAUCGAUCUGCAGAACUACUUCUCCUCCAUGGCCAAUCCCAUCCUCCGCAACGCCCUCGCCACAAUCGACCUCUGCCGACGGGCCUCCGUCCCCGUGUUCUUCACGCGCCACCUCCACAAGUCUCCUUCCGAUUUCGGCAUGCUCGAAGAGUGGUGGAACGGCGAUCUCAUCAUCGACGGCACCCCCGACGCCGAUCUCAUCCCGGAGAUCCGGCUACGCGUGUCGGGUCCCGAGAAUGAGAUCGUGGAGAAGAACACGUACAGCGCGUUCGCCGGCACGCGCCUCCAGGAGAGGCUGACGGAGAUGGGGAUCGAGGAGGUGAUCGUGAUCGGGGCGAUGACGAAUCUGUGCUGCGAGACGACGGCGCGUGAGGCCUUCGUAAGGGGAUUUAGGGUUUUCUUCUCGACGGACGCGACGGCAACUGCGAAUCGCGAGCUCCACGAGGCAACGCUCAUGAAUCUGGCUUAUGGGUUUGCUUAUCUCGUCGAUUGCGAUGGGCUUACCAAAUCCUUAAUCACAAAUUAACUUAAUUAAACUUCCUUUUUUCUGUAUAAAAUCAAUACAUUUUAUGUUUAUAUAUGUUUUGUUGAAUUGCAUCUGACGAAUUUGGAUUUGAUGCACAUUUUCUUAUAUUUGGGUCAAAUGCGCAUAAAGUUACAAACUUUGAGAUUAAAUGGAAUAAGGACAACUUAUUUA